AUGGCGGGAUCCAGGCGAGGGGGUCGCCAGGCCGGAUUCCGGCCGCUUCUCUGCGCCCUGCUGCUGUGGCUCGGUCGCUUCGUCGAGGGCGACGGCGUGGGAGGCGACCCCUCGGCCCCCGGCGCCGCGGGCACCCAGGGCGAGCUGCCGCAUCGCCGUUUCGAGUACAAAUACAGCUUCAAGGGGCCGCACCUGGUGCAGAGCAAUGGGAGCGUUCCCUUCUGGACCCACGCUGGGAAUGCUAUUCCAAGUUCAGAUCAAAUUCGAAUAGCACCAUCUUUAAAAAGCCAAAGAGGGUCAGUGUGGACAAAGACAAAAGCGGCCUUUGAGAACUGGGAGGUGGAGGUGACGUUUCGAGUGACCGGAAGAGGUCGGAUUGGAGCAGAUGGCUUAGCAAUUUGGUAUACAGAAAACCAAGGUUUGGAGGGCCCUGUGUUUGGAGCAGCUGACAUGUGGAAUGGUGUUGGAAUAUUUUUUGAUUCUUUUGACAAUGAUGGAAAGAAAAAUAAUCCUACUAUAGUAAUUAUAGGCAACAAUGGAAAAAUCCAGUAUGACCAUCAAAAAGAUGGUGCCGAUCAAGCUUUAGCGAGUUGCCAGAGAGACUUUCGGAAUAAGCCCUAUCCCGUGCAGGCAAAGAUUGUGUAUUACCAGAAAACGCUGAUAGUCAUGAUCAAUAAUGGCUUUACACCAGACAAAAAUGAUUAUGAAUUUUGCGCUAGAGUGGAUAAUAUGAUCAUCCCCUCACAAGGGUAUUUCGGAAUAUCUGCAGCAACUGGAGGCCUUGCAGAUGACCAUGAUGUCCUUUCUUUUCUGACCUUCCAGUUGACGGAGCCUGGGAAAGAGCCACCUACCCCAGAUAGAGACAUUUUGGACAAAGAAAAAGAAAAGUACCAGGAAGAGUUUGAACACUUCCAACAGGAAUUGGAUAAAAAGAAAGAGGAAUUUCAGAAGGACCACCCCGACCUCCAGGGACAACCUGCGGAUGAUGUAUUUGAGAGUGUAGGAGAUCGUGAGCUAAGACAAAUCUUUGAAGGACAGAAUCGGAUCCAUCUGGAAAUCAAGCAGCUGAACCGCCAGUUAGACAUGAUUCUGGAUGAACAAAGGAGAUAUGUCUCUUCACUGACAGAAGAGAUCUCCAAGAGAGGAGUCGGGGUCCCGGGACAGCAUGGGCAGAUCAAGCAACAAGAAGUGGACAGUGUUGUGAACGCCCAGCAGGAGAUUCUGAGACAAGUGAACGAAGUGAAGAAUUCCAUGAGUGAAGCGGUGAGGCUGGUGAGCGGGCUGCAGCACCCCGGCUCCGCGGGCAGCGUCUACGAGAGCACGCAGCACUUCACGGACAUCAAGGAGCACCUGCACAUGGUCAAGAGGGACAUAGACAGCCUGGUGCAGCGCAACAUGCCAUCAAAUGAAAAAUCAAAAUGCCCAGAACUACCACCGUUUCCAUCAUGUUUAUCUACGAUCCACUUCGUUGUAUUCGUAGUGAUUCAGACGGUGUUAUUCAUUGGAUAUAUCAUGUAUAGGAGUCAGCAAGAAGCAGCUGCUAAAAAGUUCUUUUGACCAUCGUGUUCGUGUAUGUACCUCCUGUACGUAUGGACAAAACACUGACUUUUAGGGAAUUUUAAGUAUUUAAAUUGCUUCAUAGCCUAAAUUAUUAAAUUUUGUAUAAAAUAUCUGUUUAAACAUUGGUUUGCAGUGAAAAUAAACCUUAAAACAAAGAACCACAUGCAGAUUUGUUGAUAGGCACAUACAUUUGCUGAUAUUUCAGUGACCUGCUGGUCGGUGGAAUGUGGCCCCUGGACUGACUUCUGCAGGGAGGGGGAACUCCCCACAAAGGACCCGCUGCUGCGUGGGCACAGCACCCCCUCGCCUACCUCCGCCGUGGGAGGUUCCUGUGCGCACUGUCCACACGGCUGCCCCCCGCCUCCCUCCUCCCAAGAUGCAGGGCUCACGAAGAAGGCCUCAUCUUGUUUGUUUUGUAACCCAAAAGAAUUGGGAUUGCCUGAGUCCUGGUCCUGUAUUCCUUUACUCUUCAUACAGCUCACUGAAAAAUAGCCAGGAAAAUGCGGAGAGCUGUUAGGGUCUGGUAACAGACUUCAGGGUGCUGUUUGACAUUGUUCUUUCCUCUGAUGAUCAGUGGUACAUUUCAUUUCAUUUUUAAAAGAAAUGGUUAGGGGAUGCUAAGAGCUGCUUUUUGCCUGAAAAGUCACAUGUCCUGUAAAAAUGGUUUUUAAUGGAAAUUUGGCCUGGUUAUGGAUUCAUUUCAUUGUUACCCAUAUUGUUGAAUAUCUUCAUUAUGUUGAUGUCAGUUCAAUAUUAUAAGAAUUUUGUAUUUGUAUUUUAAGGAACCGUUUCUCUUUAUAGAACACAUAGUUCAUGUCAGAUAGCAUUUUCUGAAGAUAUUUUAAAUUCACAAAAUCUAAACUACAUUUAGGUUGUUUACGUUGUUCCCUGCCACCUGGAGUUCAUGGCUGAGACCAAGAAGGCUGUGCUAGCAGCAGUUUGUAGAUUCCCUGGGGACAAAAUUUGAAAAAGUAACUGCUUGUGAUUUCUCAUUCUCCUAAGGCCAGAACUAAGGGUGUUUUCAGGCAUGUUUCAGUAAACUUAACCUUGAAAUACCAGACUGGAAGGGUCUUUUAUAUAUAACAAAUCUUUCUGCAUAGUUUCAAGUAUUAUAGAAGCCAUCUGUGAAUGACAUUUUUAAAAACAUCCGAUUCUUUGUGGUCGCUAAUGUCAACUAUUCUGACUUGAGAAUACUCCAAAGUGCUUGUGUUUUAGGGGAGUGGGGCAGACUCCAGAACUGUGCUGUUUUGUAAGCUAUUGCUGACGAGCUCUUCCAGAUGUCAUUUCCAGAUGGGACUCACCGCCUAGAAGCCACAGAGACCCUGAGCAAGUGCUGGGUGAGCCCGGAGCCUGCUCGCACUGCUUUAGGCUGCCUUUUUCCUGGAACCCUGAAGCAGACGUGCUGCUGCUGGUUCGCCACCCCUCAGUCCUUGCAGGAUGGAGAGUGCUGUGCCCACGGCUUUCCUUUGGAGUGCUGACAUUUGGAGAUUCCCGUUUCAGAGACAUCAUCAUCAUCAUCAAAUUUACUAAUAUUCCACUCUUAAAAAGUAAUACCUUCAGAACACUGUUCAAGAUGUAGGCCGUGGAGUUGGAAAGCCUCUUGAGAUAAAAGGCUGCCAGUGCCAGUGUGACAAAGUCUGCCUCUGUGCCUGGACGUAAGAGGAACACCAGAUCUAUGCAAGGUUGCUUUUUUAGGUUGCAAUCGAGGAAAAUCGUUGUGGUUGCUCCUAGCACAGGUGGCGAAGACUGUCAAGGAGCUGGUGUGUGCAGGAGGCUUCCUUCCACAGCCGCUGAAUUAGCUCGGAAAGCAGUCAGUCCAGCAUCGCACAGCAUGCUGAUCACUUGAAGUUGGGGUUGUUUUUCUUCAAAAUCAAUAACUUGAGGUAGCUCAAUUCUGAACAGAAGUGUUUGCUUUGUGGAAAACUCAAUCACUGCCGGGUUCUUUCCUCUCUGUACUAUUUUGUAUAAAUUGAAUUUGUUCACUUCUCUCACACCAGCAAGUAUUUUUACAGGUGCCUUCGAUGAAUUCAAAAUUGAUUUUAAAAUUUUAACAUGUCAUGAUGUGUAUGAUUCCACUUUUAAGAAGAAGAUGCCAUUGCAGAAUGGCUGGUGCCCUUAGCUAACGUCCCUUCUGUGCUGAUUGUUUCAUUCAGCUUGAGAAUUUGCCAUGAAGUCACAAACAACAGCAUUUUGCUGUGUGUUAAAGGGAUGUCAGUAUUUCUCCAAGUCUGGUCCCUGGGCCAUUUGGGUCUUAGAGUGCCUGUGAAGACAGAUUCCAGGCCCUCAUUCCUGCAGCUGCGUCCCCGCUGGCAAUGAGGCCUCAGGGCGUGUUCAGCAGGCACCUGCUGGGCUCUGCACGCUGUGCUUUGUGGAUUUAAAAGUGAACAGAUAGCAUGAAACAGUCAUUAUUAAUAAAACUAGCAAAUGUGCACUAAUUCUUUGAUAUUUACAGUAUGCUUAAUAUUUCUUUUGCUAAAUCCAGGUUAUUUCCUGUACUUCUUAGUACUUAGCGGAUAGCUCUUAAGCAUACAGUCAACUUCAGAUCGUACUUAGGUUGUGAGGACACCCGUCUUGAAGCCCGCUAAGCUUUCUGCGUUCCUAAUUGUGAUUGUGGUGAGGUUUUGUCUCAGACAUUUGUACUUUUGUUAGCAGGGGAGACGGAUAUGACUUGAAUAAGGGAUUGCGUGCCCUGCCACCUUCGCAGAGAUGCACUCUUUGUCAAGAACGUUAACACUGGUGAAUGUUGAGCUUGUCCAUGUGCUACCAGAGGGAGAUGGGGAAAAAUAGUAUAUUGGGAAUUUUUUAAUUUAGAAGAUACAGCGUAAAAUCAACUCUUGCGCCUUUUAAAAUCUUUAUGUUGCCUGUUUAAUAUAUUUCCUUUAUUAUAAUACUUAAAGUUUAAAGAGUUUUCUAUCCACUGCAAUUUCAAUUGGAGAACAUUUUGUCAAGUUUGUUUUGGAUUGUUAAUUAAUGCUAUCUGGAAUUCAAAGACAUUGACCUUAUUGCAAUAAAGAAAUAUUUUAGUAAA